AACACACCGAGGGGAGCCUGAACGCAGCAGCAUCACUACAAGUGUGACAGACAACGCAGAACACACCGAGGGGAGCCUGAACGCAGCAGCAUCACCACAAGUGUGACAGACAACGCAGAACACACCGAGGGGAGCCUGAACGCAGCAGCAUCACCACAAGUGUGACAGACAACGCAGAACACACCGAAGGGAGCCUGAACGCAGCAGCAGCAGCAGCACCACUACACGUGUGACAGACAACACAGCAGACCACGCGCUUCAAUGAGAAGAGCUGGUGUCUCCCUGAUUAAAAGCCCUGACUCUACUGCACACACCAAGCCCAGAGAAGCAUGACUGCCUUCAACUCGCCCAGAGACAAAUACAAUGGCGUGUGGAUAGUUUUUUUUAUCCUGGGCUUGGGAACCCUCUUGCCAUGGAACUUCUUCAUGACGGCCACCAUGUACUUCACCAGCCGGCUUAAGGACUCCCCCACAGAGUCCAACCAGACGACCAACCAGACCAACGUUGGCGAGGACACGCGUAACGUCCUGGAGUCCAAAUUCAACAACGUGAUGACGCUGUGCGCCAUGGUGCCUCUGCUCAUCUUCACCUGCCUCAACUCCUUCAUCCACCAGAGGAUCCCUCAGAAGCUGCGCAUCUCUGGCAGCCUCACGGUCAUCCUGGUGGUCUUCCUGCUGACGGCCCUGCUGGUGAAGGUGGAUGUGACCCCGCUGGCCUUCUUCACGCUCACCAUGAUCAAGAUCAUCUUCAUCAACUCAUUUGGGGCCAUCCUCCAAGGCAGCUUGUUUGGUCUGGCAGGGAUUCUCCCCGCCUCCUACACAACACCCUUCAUGAGUGGCCAAGGUCUCGCUGGCACCUUUGCUGCCUUCUCCAUGAUCUGCGCCCUGGCCACUGGGUCGGCCCUGCGGGACAGCGCCUUUGGCUACUUCAUCACCGCCUGCUUUGUCAUUCUCAUGGCCAUCAUCUCCUACCUCACCCUGCCCAGGCUGGAGUUCUUCCAGUACUGCAUGGAGAGCAGCAGAUCCAGACCAUCUGGGGACGAGGACAACAAGAUGGAUCUUCUCAAAAAAGAGAGUCAGGACGAGAGGCAAGCGGUGGCCAGUCUGAUGGCGGACGACAGCAAAUCUUCUGUGUCUGUGCCGAGAAUCUUCAAGAAGAUCUGGGUCACGGCUCUGUCUGUGUGCUUCAUCUUCACCAUCACCAUCGGAAUGUUCCCGGCCGUGACCGUCGAUGUCAAGUCGACGGUGGCCAACGGAGGAGGAUGGGACACCUACUUCAUACCUGUUUCCUGUUUCCUGCUCUUCAAUCUGAUGGACUGGGCUGGCAGGAGUCUGACCGCCUUGGUCAUGUGGCCCAACAAGGACAGCAAGUGGCUGCCCACCCUGGUGGUCGUGCGGGUGGUGUUUGUGCCGCUCUUCAUGCUGUGUAACGUUCAUCCUCGCCACUUCCUGCCCGUGCUGUUUGCUCACGACGCUUGGUACAUCAUCUUCAUCGUCCUCUUCGCCUUCUCCAACGGCUACCUGGCCUCCCUCUGCAUGUGCUUCGGACCCAAUUGUUUGUGUGCAGGAAAGUCGCACAACACGAGGCGGAGACGGCGGGCGCCAUCAUGGCCUUCUUCCUGUCGCUGGGCUUGGCACUGGGGGCUGCCAUCUCCUUUCUGUUCAGGGCCAUCAUCUAGCCAGUGAAGACUGGACACCACUCAGCCUUCCACCAUCGUUACCACGGCAACACCUUUCUGACAGAAUGCAAGCCAACAUGAUGAUUGACAUCUUGCUAUUUAUAAGAUGUCACAUUCUUCAUACUUUUUUUCAUGGGGUUCAAAAGUUGACACGUUUUAUAUAUUUAACACCAACAGACAUUUCCAAAGCACUAUUAAGGCCCAAUGAUGUACAUAAUAUGACAAAGUAUGUGUAUGCUACUUUUACGCCCAUGAUGCUUUUAUUCAAGUCACUGAACUGUUGAAGUUGCUGCCAUUUCUCAAGUGUUAUGUAUAUCUGCACAAAAACUCUACAGCUAAGUUUAUUUUUAUAUCAUUGAGAAGGUCUUUUACUCUUUUAGUUUGCCUGUUUGUAAUCCAUUUGCUAUUCAGAGUGCUUCAGGUACGAGUUUUACUCAGAAGUCAAUUUCCCUCGAAGAUUGUCAAAAGUAUUUCUGAUUCUGUGUACGUUCCUCUCAGCUAAUAAAUGUUGAAGGAAAUGUCUCCCUCUGCUGGACACUUGCGGUAACACGGCACUGAAAGUGUCUGCGCUUCUAGACCCGCUU